CUGACUUGGAGCUUCUGGCGGGGAAAUACCCUGCCAGCCCUAUAAAGAGGGCUUCCUUCUCCUGCCUUCUUCACAUCAGUCAAGACCGAGAAGAUGAAGUUCCUUGCAGCUGCUGGACUGCUGCUGCUGCUGCUUAUGCAGAAUGCGAUUGCAGAAAGUCCAUCUACAGCAAUGCCAAAGGAAAUGUAUCCAACUUCAGCACGGUAUCUGCCUCCCGUAUUUCCAGAGCCAAGUGGUCCUGCAGAGCCAUUUACCAAUGUGACCGGCGUCGUGGAUGAUCGUGGAAUGUGCCAAUGCUUGGUUUACCUGCCCGAUACAACAUUUCCUGUACAGAAAGUGGAAUACCUUGAAAUUCUGGCUAAGGAGCUCUCCGCAAAAUUUGACAGUGAACUUUCAAAAGUGAGGGAAUACACCAAAUUAAUCGCGCUCUAUGAAGCAAAGAUUCUCAAUUUAACCAUCAAGAUCGAACAUAUGGAGAAGUCCAGCGUAUCUUACACGGAGUUGGAUUUCGAAUUAAUCAAACUGGAAAUCACGGAGAUGGAGAGGCUGAUUGUUCAGCUGAAGACAUCGCUUACUGGAAGCAACGUGUUUGUGGAGCAGUUGUAUGUCGAGAUUAGGAAUUUGAGCAUCAUGGUGAAUAAACUGGAACUGUUGGAUAAGAAUAACAUCCUUGCGGUUCGCCGGGAAAUCGUCGCUCUGCGAGCUAAGUUGCAAGAGUGUGAACAGCAUCGAAACCAGACUGCUGAACAUCCCUACUUCCCACCUGGAAACUGUGAUCAUGGCCCAAUUAAGAACAUCAGCCAACCGUACGUCAUCCAGCUGAAUUGGAGAGGGUUUUCUUACAAAUACGGAGCCUGGGGAAGAUACUCCUCCCCUCUUAACCCUGGAAAAGAGAUGUACUGGGUCGCCCCUCUAAACACCGACGGAAGAUACCUGGAAUUUUAUCGACUCCACAAUUCCUACGACGAUUUAUUGCUCUUCAAAUACUCCCAGCAAUACCAAAUUAAGUACGGCGAAGGCAGUGGAACAGCUGUGCAUAAUAAUUACAUGUACUAUAAUGUAUAUUCUUCAAGAGAUAUGGGCAUGAUAGAUUUGGCCACCAAUAGGCUGGUGUUGAGGAAGCCUCUUCCCAACGCCGUUUUUAACAAUCGGUUCUCCUACGCAGGGGUAGCUUGGCAAGACAUAGAUUUUGCCGUGGAUGAGAAUGGGUUGUGGGUGAUUUACUCCACCGAAGCCAGUCAAGGCAACAUUGUCAUUAGCAAGAUUAACGAAACGACUCUGGAUGUGAUGAACACGUGGGAAACGAAGCAAUACAGGCCCGCGGUCUCUAAUGCUUUUAUUAUAUGCGGGGUACUCUAUGCUACCAGACCUCUCAACACUAGGAAAGAAGAAAUAUUCUACUCCUUCGAUAUCAACACUGGGAAAGAAGGGAGGCUAAGCGUCAUUGUAGAUAAAGUGCUGGAAACUAUUCAGAGCAUCAACUACAGCCCUAUAGAUCGGAGGUUGUACAUCUAUAAUGAUGGCUACUUGGUUCGCUACGAGUUAAAUUUCGAGCCCCUUCCGCCAGCGUAAUUUUCCAGGGGGAUUAAAAAGCUUCACUCUCCAAAUCCUUAGAAAUAUUGAGAAAUCCAAGCACAAAGGGGAACAAAGAUUGGAUCCAUUUGCAAAUCAUCAUCAAGCCUAGCAAAGGGAGGGGUGGAGUGGCCCAGGGGGUGGAGCUCUCGCCUCACAAUCAGGAGGCAGUGAGUUCGAUCCUAGGUAGAGGCAGAUAUUUCUCUCUCUCUCUCUGGGCACACUGAGAAUUUAUCUGCUGAACAAAACUCCACACUGGCGACAGGAAGGGUAUCCGGCCAUUCAAACACUCUGCUAACCCCAUUCAGUUGCCCCCCAGGCUCCACCCCGCAAGGGAUUAUGGGGCCGUUAAAGUGAUGAUGAUGAUGAUGAUGAAGCAUAGGAAAGAAAAUUUGCUGAUCACUUCAUUAAAAAUAUUUUUUAAAAAAAAAAAAUCCAAAAACAGGGUUUGGGUAGAGUAGAGGUGAUAUAAUCAAUGUAUCAGGAGGGAGUUGAAAAGAAUUGUGUGUGUGUCCCACCCCAAUUGUGUGUUUUUAAUAGUGGUUAUACACUUCUGUUUUCUGAAAGAAAAACGAUCCAAAUUUAUCUACCCUGUUUUCCCCAAAAUAAGGCAUCCCCUGAUAAUAAGCCCAAUUGGGCUUUUGAGUGCAUGGCAAUAAGACCAAGCGCUUAUUUCAGAGUUCAAAAAAAAUAAAUCAAAAUAAGACAGGGUCUUAUUUUUGGGGAAACAUGGUACUUUGUGGCCAAAUUUGGCACAGGUUUUGGUGAGAACUGUUUUUGUGAAAAGAGGCUUAGGGUUUAAAUUUAUAUUCAACCCAACAGACCAAAUCGGUUUCAGAUCCAGUGGCUUCCUAAUUUUGUUGAUCUUCAUUCCUUGAUUAUGUUUUUUUAAUACCACAAAGUAUUAUGCAAACACAUAACAGUUUGAUUAUUUUAUGGUCCAGUGUGUGGUGUUGAACCUAAAAAAAAAUAAAAUUAAACCAGCUUCAGCGUGUUGGGUUAACACUUUAACCCCAAUACUGUAAAUAUUUGGGUAGAUAAGACAAUCUAUUUUAGUAGAGUUUGGGUCACGUAAAAGAAGUGACCAGUUUCAUUUAAAAAAAAAAAAAAAGCAGUACGGGUAGUUCUUGACUUACGACCCCGAUUGAGUGCAAAAUUUCUGUUGUUAAGCGAGACGUUUGUUCAGUGCGUUUUGCCCCAUUUUGCGACUUUUCCUGCCACAGUUGUUAAGUGAAUCACUGCAGUUGACAUAAGUCACAUGGUUGCUAAGUGAAUCUGGCUUCCCCCUUGACUUUGCUCAUCAAAAGGUCGCAAAAAGGGGAUCACACUGCAACCGGUCGUAAGUACGAACCGGUGGCCGAGCGUCUGAAUUUUGCUCAUAAGACCAUGGGGGUGCUUCAACGGUCGUAAGUGUGAAGAAACGGUCAUAUGUCACUCUUUUUCGGUGCCGUUGUAACUUCGGUCACUAAAUGUUGUAAGUAGAGGACGGCCUGUACUUAAAUUAGGAUAAUUGCCUUGAGUGACAUCUGUAGAGAGGGUUGAGGAUCAAAAAAAAAUUAAGAUGGCAGUAUGAAGGGGCGUGGCUUCAAUCAUGCUGCCAUGACAACCAUUUUGAUGCGUAUUGGUCCCAAUCAGCUGUAUUAGCAUCUGUCUGUCUAAAUCCACCAAUUUUCGACAAUUGUUGUGUAUAUUUGCUAAUGCAUAAAAUGUAAUUUUUUUGUGGGGGGCUCAAUAAAAAUUAAAAAAACAUUGCCUUAA